AUGAUCGUUGUUGAUUUACAAAAAGAUUUUAUAAUCUUUUUUACACUUACCCUAUUAGAAAAAGUAUUUGGUGAUCACCUGUUAAAACAAAAUGAACUACCCUCUUUAAUUGUACUUUUAUCAUCAUUAUUAUUUUUAAUUAUUUCGUUUUUUAAAUCAACAAGAGUAAUAUACUUUAAAAUAAAGUGGAUUAUCUUAAUAUCUGCUUUAUUAACAUACGAUAGCUUUAUUAAGACGUAUAUUAAUUUAGCUAGCACAUCAAAUUUAAAAGAAAUUGUAAUGGAAAAUGUUUAUUUAAUAGCCGUUAAUAUACUCAAUGCUAGAGUUACUGGUAUUGUUUUCCUACCUAAACAAAAUUAUGCUAUGGUUUGUAUUGUUGUUUUUGGAAUAAUUCAAAUAUCAUAUCCUUACUUUAAGUAUGAUUUUAUUGAUUUACAUCCGAGGGAUUUUUUUAACUUUUUAGGAACAUUAGGUGGGGCAGUUGGUUUAAUAAUUUUUAAAGAAAAAGUUGAAAGAAAAGUAAAAUCAGUUUGGAAUUAUACUUUAACACUUUCAUUAUAUAAUAGUAUAUUUGCAGGGUUAAUAUAUGCAUUUGAUAUUGUCGUUGUUAAAAAAGGAUUAGUAUUUAAUAUCUCACUCUCAGAAACAUUCGUUGUUUUAUUUUUAUCAGGCUUAAGUGAUCUUUAUUUUAAUAGAUUAACAUUUUCAGUUCAACCGUAUGUUUUAUUAACUUCAUUAAGAUUGGUUAAUUUUAUAAAUUCAUUGUUAUCUGAUUUAAUUAAUCAAAAUUCUCUAGAUAUAUUUUCAUUUAUACUUGCAGUUUUAAGCACAAUUGCAUCUCAAGCUAUUUUAUAUUAUGAUGAAGAAAAUAGUUUCUUUUAA